GAAGAAAAAGCUUCUCUUUUACAUCGCACUCAGGAAGAGAGAAGGAAGAGAGAGGAAGAAAGGCGAAGAUUGAAAAAUGCAAUAAUUAUCCAGUCAUUUAUUCGAGGGUACAGAGACAGAAAGCAGCAAUACUCCCUCCAAAGAAGCGCGUUUGAUCGCUGUGCCAGUGCGGCACAGUUGGGUGGCACCUUCUCCCUUGCCAAUGGCCCCAGCCUUACCAUCCUGGUGAGGCAGCUUCUGUUCUUUUACAAGCAGAGUGAAGACUCCAAGCGUUUGAUAUGGCUGUACCAGAACUUAAUCAAACAUAGCUCUGUGUUUGUCAAGCAGCUGGACGGAUCUGAGAGACUGACUUGCUUGUUUCAGAUCAAGAGGCUGAUGAGCCUCUGUUGCAGGUUGCUACAGAACUGUACUGACGACAGUUUGAAUGUUGCUCUCCCGAUGCGGAUGCUUGAGGUGUUUUCCUCCGAGAACACCUAUUUGCCUGUCCUGCAGGAUGCCGGCUACGUGGUGUCAAUCAUUGAACAGAUAUUGCACUACAUGAUUCACAGUGGGUAUUAUAGGUCUCUUUAUUUGUUGAUUAACAGCAAGCUUCCAUCAAGUAUUGAAUAUUCUGAUUUGUCUCGAGUUCCUAUAGCAAAAAUUUUGUUGGAGAAUGUCCUAAAACCAUUGCACUUUACGUACAGCUCCUGUGUAGAAGGUGCAAGGCAGCAAGUUUUCUCAGCCCUCACAGAAGAGUUUCUGGUGGCACCUUUUACAGAGCAGCUGUUCCACUUUGUCAUCCCGGCGUUAGCAGACGUGCAGACCGCUUUCCCCUACGCACCCUUUCUGAAUGCACUGUUGUUACUAGAGAGUAGAUGUUCAAACAGCAGUGCUGGAGCACCUUGGCUUUUCUAUUUUGUUUUAACUGUUGGCGAAAACCAUUUGGGGACACUCUCGGAGGAGGGCCUCCUGGUGUACCUGUGCGUGCUGCAGACCUUCCUUUCCCAGCUGCCUGCCUCGCCUGCCAGCACCAACUCCCAUGACACCUCCAGUGACUCCGAGGAUGAGAAUGAGGAGGCUGACCAGCCUACCACGCCGGAGGAUGGCCGACUGUCCGCCCGUUACAUCACCGAGGAGUGUCUGAAGAAGCUGGACACAAAGCAGCAGACCAACACCCUGCUGAACCUGGUGUGGCGGGACUCGGCCAGCGAGGAGGUCUUCACGCAGAUGGCCUCCAUCUGCCACACGCUUAUGGUGCAGCACCGCAUGAUGGUGCCCAAAGUCAGGCUUCUCUACAGUUUAGCCUUCAAUGCCAGAUUUCUGCGGCACCUUUGGUUUCUUAUUUCUUCCAUGACAACGCGGAUGAUCACAGGGUCCACGGUGCCGUUGCUCCAGGUGAUAUCCCGGGGCUCUCCCAUGUCUUUUGAAGACUCCAGUCGAAUCAUCCCGCUCUUUUACCUCUUCAGCUCUCUGUUCAGUCAUUCGCUGAUCUCCAUACAUGACAACGAAUUCUUCGGUGACCCCAUAGAAGUUGCAGGUCAGAGACAAUCAUCCAUGAUGCCUUUCACGCUGGAGGAGCUGGUCAUGCUGUCUCGCUGCCUUCGUGACGCCUGCCUAGGGAUCAUCAAGCUGGCCUACCCAGAAACAAAGCCAGAGGUUCGGGAAGAGUACAGCGCUGCCUUCCGGAGCAUUGGUGCCACAACCAGCUCUGAGAUGCAGCAGUGCAUUCAGAUGGAGCAGAAACGCUGGGUCCAGUUGUUCAAGGUCAUCACCAACCUAGUGAAAAUGCUGAAGUCCAGAGACACCAGGAGAAACUUUUGUCCUCCAAAUCACUGGCUGUCAGAACAAGAAGACAUUAAAGCAGAUAAGGUCACCCAGCUGUACGUGCCAGCGUCCAGACACGUGUGGAGGUUCCGGCGGAUGGGGAGGAUCGGCCCGCUGCAGUCCACUCUGGAGGUGGGAGUAGAGUCACCGCCGCUGUCUGUGUCUGAGGAGCGGCAGCUCGCCAUCCUGACAGAACUGCCCUUUGUGGUCCCCUUUGAGGAGCGCGUGAAGAUCUUUCAAAGGUUGAUUUAUGCAGAUAAGCAAGAAGUUCAAGGAGAUGGUCCAUUUCUGGAUGGAAUUAACGUCACAAUAAGAAGAAACUAUAUUUAUGAAGAUGCUUAUGACAAACUUUCCCCGGAAAACGAGCCUGAUUUGAAAAAGCGGAUCCGUGUGCACUUGCUCAAUGCCCAUGGCCUGGAUGAAGCCGGCAUCGAUGGUGGUGGUAUUUUCAGAGAGUUUUUAAAUGAACUCUUGAAGUCAGGAUUUAACCCCAACCAGGGAUUCUUUAAGACUACUAAUGAAGGGCUUCUGUACCCCAGCCCCGCUGCGCAGAUGCUUGUGGGAGACUCUUUCGCCAGGCAUUACUACUUCCUGGGCAGGAUGCUGGGAAAGGCUCUCUAUGAAAACAUGCUAGUGGAGCUCCCCUUCGCUGGCUUCUUCCUGUCUAAGUUGCUGGGAACCAGCGCAGAUGUGGACAUCCACCACCUGGCCUCUCUGGACCCUGAGGUCUACCGGAACCUGCUGUUCCUCAAAAGCUACGAGGGAGAUGUGGAGGAGCUGGGGCUGAACUUCACCGUGGUGAACAAUGACCUGGGGGAGGCUCAGGUGGUUGAACUAAAAUUUGGUGGGAAAGAUAUCCCUGUGACCAGUGCCAACCGCAUUGCCUAUAUCCACCUGGUGGCUGACUACAGGCUGAACAAGCAGAUCCGCCCACACUGCCUGGCGUUCCGACAGGGCCUAGCCAAUGUCGUCAGCCUGGAGUGGUUGCGGAUGUUUGAUCAGCAGGAAAUUCAGGUAUUAAUUUCUGGUGCACAAGUUCCCAUAAGUCUGGAGGACCUAAAAUCCUUUACAAACUAUUCAGGAGGGUAUUCUGCUGAUCAUCCUGUCAUCAAAAUCUUUUGGAGAGUUGUAGAAGGUUUCACUGAUGAAGAAAAGCGCAAAUUGCUCAAGUUUGUAACAAGUUGCUCUCGGCCCCCUCUCUUGGGUUUUAAGGAGCUGUACCCUGCGUUUUGCAUUCACAACGGGGGCUCCGACCUGGAGCGGCUGCCCACAGCCAGCACCUGUAUGAACCUGCUGAAGCUGCCCGAGUUCUACGACGAGACGCUCCUGCGCAGCAAGCUGCUCUAUGCCAUUGAGUGUGCGGCUGGCUUCGAGCUGAGCUGAGCUGAGCCGAGCCGAGCCGAGCCGAGCCGCCAGGCACCCUGGGCCGACCAGACUGCACCGCCUGCUCCACUGCGCGCUCAGCGCUCCCAGGCACCCACUUCUUCCCGGCCCCGCCCUCAUCGCUCUAGGUGGUGGUAUUACACGCGGCCAUGUUCAGGUGCGCGUUGCUUCCCGGUAACCUAAGUAACUGUUAGGCGCCGUGUGGCUGGUCAGUAGCUUUGCCAAGAAGAGCAGUUUUAGCCCAGUGGCAGCGCCGUGAAAUUAGCCAAAGAUGAAGCUGUAGCUCUGUUGGCCCGGAGCGGGUCCGCCUGGCCGCAGCCACACAGCCCUCAGCACAGCCUGAGUCUCAGCACACUCUGCCCGUGCGCUCAAUGGUUUACAGGCCUGGUUGGUAGUACUGAAGGCGUUUCAUCCUGCUGCCUUGGCCCGAAGUGGUUGGGUUUGGAGAACAGAUAAUAGGAGUGUUACUUCGUGCUGUUUAAGCCAUUUCCCCAGGCGGGACUAGCAUGCUUGUGUCCACGUCACGUCGACCUGCCUUGUGACGGCUUGGAUGUUGCUGUGUGGGGUGUGGUGCUGCCUCACUCCUCGCUUGUCUUCAGCUCCACUCUUCCUGGAGAGCUCCUGGGAGGCAGAAGAGGGUCCCGCGCCGUGCAUGCGUGUCACCUGCAGUGAGUGGCCGCCGGGGAGAGGAGUUGCUGCAGCUUCUAUUAAAGUCGUUUGAACCAAAGUGGUGGGCUGCAUCUGUCCAUCACCACAACCCUUGCUGGCCGGGCCACGCCACGCCGCCCCCUCCUGGGCACCCUGGGGUAACACGUGGGCCCUUGGUGCCCUCUACCCCAAACUGCUGCUUAGACACAAGGACAGUGUCCCCGGCGCAUUGGGGCUGGGGGUGCUGGGUGAUUCUCACGUAGGCACUUUAUUGGGACCUGACGCGUCGCGGGGCGACUUCAGCUUCUGCAGGCAGCCAGCAGGCAGGAGCGCCAGCUGUGGCUCGGAGCAUGCGGUGUGGACCACACGCGCGGACACUGGAGGAGGACCCCAGCCUGACCUUGCCACGCCUGGUGUCGCGUGGCAGGGUCCUGGGGCUGCUAUAGGUUUCACCAGAACUAGCAAUAUACUUCUCAGUGUGCAGAAACUGAUGACACUUUUACGACAAUGACCAUUAAAACAAAUGUAUAAUUUCUUAAUUUGAAAAUAAAUUAAGUGUUUAAAUGCUAUUUAUAGUCUUGAUAUACAGAAAUAAAUAGUGUUUAUCUGGUUUUAUUUUUACUUUCUGCUGUUUAUGUUGAACAUUCUGUAUCUUCUUACUAGUUGAUUCGUGUAUUUUGGCAUCAGUAUUUUCAAAGUGAAGUGUCUGAGACUGAAGAGAAAUGGGCAGUUAUGCUUA